GCGAGGAGGAGCGUCAGAAGCGGAGGAUCUAUAAAUAGCGGCUAUAUAAGCGGCGCUUCAGAAAUUCUUAAAGCGCUUUUAUUCACUCAUUCUCGCGUGUCGUUCUCCCUGGUUUUGUUUAUUUGUGUCUCAGAUUUGUUUCACUGGUAGGUCAUCGCGUAAGUUACGUUCGUUGAGGGUAAGUAAAGUAACUUCACGUUGAUAUUUCUGUUGCCUAUCCGUGAAGGAUCUGACCAUCGAUUUUAAUCAUGCUUCCUGAGAGCAGCACUGGGUGCAGCUUUGAGGAUUGCCAGGACACAGCUGACUGGCUUCUGUCCCAGACUGCAGUGCGUCCUCUGGUGGGCAUUGUGUGCGGUUCGGGUUUGGGUGGACUGGCUGACGUAUUGAAAGACCAGGAGGCCUUCAACUACAAGGACAUCCCCAACUUCCCCCAAAGUACAGUGCACGGUCAUGCAGGCCGGCUGGUGUUUGGCACUUUUAAGGAUAGAACAUGUGUAUGCAUGCAGGGACGGUUUCAUCUCUAUGAGGGUUAUCCCGUCCAAAAGAUUACGAUGCCUAUGCGGCUCUUCAAGCUGCUGGGUGUGGAGACCGUGAUUCUCACCAACGCCGCUGGCGGUCUGAACCAGGACUAUGAAGUGGGCGACAUCAUGAUCAUCAAAGAUCAUCUCAACAUUCCUGGAUUUGCUGGAAACAACCCUCUGGUUGGACCCAAUGACGAAAGGUUUGGUGUUCGUUUCCCCUGCAUGUCUGACGCAUACGAUCGAGAGCUCCAGCAGCUGGCGCUCGACGUGGGUUCGGAGCUCGGUUACAGUGACUUCCUGCGAGAGGGUGUGUACUGCGUUCUAGGCGGACCGUCGUUCGAGACGAUCGCGGAGUGUCGCAUGCUGAACAAACUGGGAGCUGAUGCUGUCGGCAUGAGUACGGCUCACGAGGUGAUCGUGGCACGGCACUGUGGGAUGCGCGUCUUCGCUCUGUCUCUGAUAACUAAUAAGGUAGUGAGUGACUACAACAGCGAGAAAAAGGCCAAUCAUGAGGAGGUUCUGCAGACGGGCAAACAGAGGGCGGAGCAGAUGGAGAGGCUGGUGUCCACCAUAAUCACCCUGAUUGGGCACAACAACAAUUUAGCUUAAGACUGUUCUCAGAUCACAGACCAAAGAACGCAGACUCUGGAUAUGGUUAAAAAAUCCGUGUUAUACAGGUCAAUUCCAUUUUCCUCCCACGUAUUUAUGUUUGUGGAAUCUUAUUUUACAAUGGGAAAUGGUUAUAAAGCCUUUGUUUAUGGUUGGUCUGUGAUCUUUUGCUCUUAUGUAUAAACCCUGUAAACAGGAGAGCACUUAUUUUUACUAAAGAAAAAAUACCUAUAAUUGUUACGUUCCUCUGAAUGCUAAAACUAAUGUUUCUUAUUUCUAAGCUAUCGUUUACAUUUGUUACGAUGUCUAAAAUUAAAAAAUUGAAUUCUCUGUAAAACCCUAAUUGCUUUGUAGAAUUUGUCGGUAAAUGUACAGUAAAGUCUGUCUUGUGUUUUAUAACCUUUAUUAAAAAAAUUGGUUAUUA